CCAUGGCUCGACUCCACAAUCGUCUCGUAUGAAUGUGAGCUGCAUUGCGAGGGCGAUUCAGUCCACCGCUUGCUCCGACUCCGCAUCCGUGAGAAUGAGUGUUUGGUGAAGGUUUUCGAGAAAAUGACAUCGAGGGUGUGUUCGUUUCCUUCGUUCUGUUCUCAUUUCGCCGUCGCGAGUGUUGCAUCGCCAUCAUCGGGCCUGAAAUCAUCACCAUCGAUACCGACCGGGCCCUCCUUGCCCUGGUCAGCGUCCGCGUGCUCGUCCAGCGCGUCUUUGUUUGGAGGGGAGAAGGUGUGUCGGGUGGGAACACAUUUGACGGAGAGGGCUUGUGGAGGGAGUGGGGUGAGGGUUUAUGCAGCUCGGAAGAAUGUCACUUCCAGGAAGAUUCAGCAAUCUAAGGGUAGGACGACCGAGAGGCCGAACAAGCUCGGAUCGGUUGGAGUUCCGGUCGAGAGCAAUCCGCUCAUACAGGGUAAUAAUUUGACAGGCGACUCGUUGCUGAAUGAGGAUCAGGCGAUUGGACAGGUCAUCACCGCUCAGGCUAACUUUAUGAGAGUUAUAGUCGAGAAAGGUGGAAAGCUGGAGGCAGAAAGCAGGUCCGAUGGUGGGGGAACAGCUGGCGACGGAAAUGCACGGGCCGUUCCCGAUGAAUUGGACAGCCGAGCUGCGCUCGAGCCUUCGGAAGGGGAGAUCAAUGGUGCUGACUCUCCAUUGUCGACCACCACGCAAGAUAAGAGAUUGGAGCUUCUCUGUGUUGUGAGAGGGCUGCUGAAGAAGAUCAAAAGGCGGGUUUUGGUCGGAGAUAGAGUUCUGGUGUCAGGCAUUGACUGGACUGAAAAGAGGGGGAUGAUAGAAGAAGUUCUCGACCGAAGUUCGGAAAUCGUCGAUCCUCCUGUGGCGAAUGUCAACUACCUACUCGUGGUAUUUUCUAUUGACCAACCACAGAUCGAUGAAAAGGUGCUCAGCCGGUUUUUGGUGGAGGCAGAAUCAACAGAAAUCGAUUUCACUCUUGUGCUUAAUAAAGCUGACCUCGUAGACCCAAAGGUGGUGGAAUGGUGGCAAACUAGACUUGCAGACUGGGGCUACACGCCGGUCCUUUGCAGUGCAGAUCAAAGGAUAGGUCUCACGGAUUUGACCAGUGUUGUGAAGAACAGAGUAACCGUCAUUCUUGGCCCUAGUGGGGUUGGGAAGUCCAGCCUGAUCAACGCGUUGCGAGACCAGAAAGGAUUGCCACUUUGGUAUGAAUCCGAUCAAAUGCGGCUGUCAGAAAUGCUUGUUGAUGGUGUUGAUAGAGCAGAAGUUCCUGCCCUACAGUAUUUUGAUGCCACUGAAGACUUUGAGGAGUUGCGAGUGGGUGAAGUGUCUUUGGCGAGUGGAAGAGGAAAACAUACAACACGCCAUGUGUCGCUUCUUCGGAUACCAUCUGGUGUAGGGCUGCUCGCUGAUACACCUGGGUUCAGCCAACCCAGCCUUGCCAAAGUCUCAGCUUCAUCACUACCCCAACUUUUUCCCGAGGUAAGGAAGCGGAUUGCCGACAGCGAAAAUGGCGGUUGUGCGUUCCCCAACUGUAUGCAUCUUGGAGAACCAAAUUGUGCAGUUGGAGAUGAUUGGGACAGAUAUUCCCUUUAUCUUGACUUGCUGGACGAAAUACGGACUAGGGAGAGGGUGCAGAAGAAAGUUCUUGGCACGAAACGGGAGAGCGACAUGAGGUAUAAAAUGGGAGCAGAAGGCGUCAAGAAAGCAGAGCCAAGACUAGCACUCAAUAAGCAUAGGAGAGAAUCUAGGAAGCUAGUUAACCAAUCUCUUGAAGAAGUGUUCCGAGAAGCAGAGGAGCUCCAAGCCGACAUGGAAGAUGAUAUCGAUGAAGAAGCAGGAAGCGUCUGAGUUUGUAGUAGGACGUGCUGCUGAAGUUUUUAACCUGGAGUCUCGUUAUUCCACUGAAGACGGUGGAGUUACUUGUAUACUAAUCACUACGCACUUCAUACGACCAUUGAGGGAGUUGCUUGAAUUGUGAGUUACAACCCAUCUUUGUGCGCGACAAGAGAAGUCUUGGAGUUAAUCAAAUCCUGUAUAAUCCCAGUACCUGCCCACUAACCAGGAUAGAACUCGCUUUUCACCACACUUAGCUGGGCUCUCCUGCGGUCAAUUGGUUGUCUGAGACGCAAAGUUUUUUCAAAGUAACAUCAUUGACUUGUGCCCCACUGGAGCUCAAGAACAUAUUCUUCUCAAGACCGUAGGAAGGAGGUAAGUUGAAGAGCUUGCAUCUGGAAGUCAGCAGGUUUCAAUAUCAGGAAGAGCUCAGGGUCACCAAGUCGAUAAUGUUACUUUGUUAAAAACCUAGCUGUCGCGGACCUCGAUCAUUUGUACCGAAUUGUAUGUUAACACUAUCUGUUUGCCUGGAGUAAAUAUUCCGAGGAAAAUUUGUGG